AUGUCCCAGUCAUAUCCAUUAGCACCCAACUCCAUGCAAUCUCACCCACAUUCAUCCAAACUCUCCCCACUCCAUGCAAUCUCACCCACAUUCAUCCAAACUCUCCCCAACUCCAUGCAAUCUCACCCACAUUCAUCCAAACUCUCCCCAACUCCAUGCAAUCUCACCCACAUUCAUCCAAACUCUCCCCACUCCAUGCAAUCUCACCCACAUUCAUCCAAACUCUCCCCAACUCCAUGCAAUCUCACCCACAUUCAUCCAAACUCUCCCCAACUCCAUGCAAUCUCACCCACAUUCAUCCAAACUCUCCCCAACUCCAUGCAAUCUCACCCACAUUCAUCCAAACUCUCCCCAACUCCAUGCAAUCUCACCCACAUUCAUCCAAACUCUCCCCAACUCCAUGCAAUCUCACCCACAUUCAUCCAAACUCUCCCCACGCCAUGCAAUCUCACCCACAUUCAUCCAAACUCUCCCCAACUCCAUGCAAUCUCACCCACAUUCAUCCAAACUCUCCCCACUCCAAGUAAUUCCACCCACAUUCAUCCAAACUCCCCCAACUCCAUGCAAUCUCACCCACAUUCAUCCAAACUCACUCCACUCCAAGUAAUUCCACCCACAUCCAUCCAAACUCUACCCAUUCCAAGUAAUUCCACCCAUAUCCAUCCAAACUCUCCCCAUUCCAAGUAA